UACCCAUGAUUCUCCGCGGUCUGCGGCUCAUUCAAAAAUGGAGGAGGGUGAGAGAGAGUCUGAAAGCGAGCGCCGUUCAGGACCUUCUCAAACAUCUGAUCAGCAAACCACCACCGAGACCUCCAGACAGACACCAGAGACUGACGAAGAUGAUGUCGAAACUAAGCUGGACAUCAGCUCGGAUAAGUUUGACCCUCUGCUCGCUCUGUAUUCCCCACAAGUGCCAUUGCCUUUCCCCAAUAUCAGGUGCUUUAAUAACAUCGCAGAAUAUGAGAGCUUCAUGAAAGGCGGUCGAGGCCGAGCCAAACCCGAAAACGUGGAGAAAAGACUCCGAAAAGCACAGAAGGGUAAAGCAGACCCAGAGAGGAUAGAAAGACUCAAAAGACUGAUGGUAAACAACCCGGUUGAGGAGGAGGGAGAGGGAAGUGGAGUCAAGCGACAGCCUCGACGGCGAAAAGCGGCCAAAAAUGUGCUUACGAGAAUGCCACUGCACACAGGCAGUCCAUUAGGAGAACUAAACAGAUGUGUUCAGGAGAAAAUUAGAGUCAAAGUUCACAUCCGGACCUUUAAAGGGCUCCGGGGAGUGUGUUCUGGCUUUGUGGUGGCAUUUGAUAAGUUUUGGAACCUGCUCUUUGAAAAAUUAAAAGUUCAGGAGACCGUGGCUCUCAGCGCGGUUGAGAAUCAGAAGUCAGAGCUACACAGUAGUUCAUCUCGUCUCUCAAACCAAACGAGGAGAACCGACCCCAGACAUACCCAGGAGAGAUCUGAACACUCUGAGAAAGACAAGACCACAUUAAAAUCGACACAACAAUUAAAAACCAAGCCUAAAGUGGAGUAUGGAAGAGUGCACACACGUCAUGUCAAUCAGCUUUUUAUACGAGGAGAAAACGUUCUUCUUGUGAACCUACAGCAGGAAUAAAGACUAACCAGAUUAAAUAUUUGCUUGGUUUACUUUUUAUGGAGAUUGCCCAGAAAGAUUUUGUAAAAUUAGUAUAUCAUAUUGAUAUGUAUAUCAACAGCUGAAACAAAUAUGUUAAAAUUCGAGUAAAAUAAACACUUUUUAAUUGUG